UUUAAGGUAAAAUUCCUUGAUUUAGUUUAGUUAUUAUAGCCACAAAUCCAAUCUUAUUCGUUAAAAAUAAAGAUUAACGUGAAGACUAAUAAACAACCACUUGUUUUGCAAAUAGUACGCUCGUUUUUCAUCAAUUAUGCAGCUAACUCUCUCAGUUUUGACCAGUAAACAAACCCAUGGAAACAAAUAGAAAGGGAUAUAUAGAAAGAAAAGAAUAAAGAUAAAAAUAAAAAUAAACCUAAAAUUAAAAUCACAAUUUCUUGAAAGUAAAAUGCCAUGACCAAAAAGAUGAAGAAAGAUAUUGGUUUUUCAUGCACCAUUAACACAGAAGUAGGUUCAGUUUUAGCAGCAUUAAGAAACAGUAUCGAGCUAUCGGCCGCAGAAGAUAAUUACCAUGACACUGCAAUCCUCCAACAAUCCUUGAAAUCAUUGAGAUCUCUCAUUUUCAAUCCUCAGCAAGAAUGGCAAUACAUAGAUCCUUCAAUAUACCUGUCCCCCUUCCUAGAUGUAAUACAGAGCGACGAUGUCCCUGCAGCAGCGACAAACAUUGCUCUCUCCUCGCUCAUCAAGCUCUUAAAAAUCCAAGUAUUCGACGAGAAAACACCAGGGGCUCAGGAGGCCAUGAAUGCCCUGGUUAUCUCCACUACAAGCUGCAGGCUCGAGAGGACAGAUCCACUUAGCGAGGAAGGGAUUCUUAUGAAGGUCCUGCUGCUGCUUAACAACAUAAUGAUGCACCCAGGCUCUUGCCUUCUCAAAGACGAGUGUGUUUGUAGGGUGGUUAACACAACCUUCCAAGUCGUGCAGCAAUCAUCAAACCGAGGAAACUUGCUCCAAAGAACUGCUAAAUUUGUUAUGCUUGAGAUUUCACAAAUUGUGUUCUCAAGGCUGGAUAGCAUAGAAGUGAAGGAAGGGGAGAAUUCUGAGUCUGAGUCAGAAGAGUUGGAUGACAAUGACAUUGUGAAUAAAGGAUUUGGUCUUCGAUGUGUGGUGGACAUUUUUCAGUUCUUAUGUUCCUUGUUGAAUGUAGUGCAGACAGUUGAGAUUGAUGGGAUCAUAUCUCAGAGCAAUGAUGAGGAUAUCCAGAUCCUGGCUUUGAUGUUGAUUAACACAGCAUUGGAAUUGAGUGGCGAUGGAUUUUCCAAGCAUCCAAAACUACGUAGGAUGAUCGGGGAUGAUCUAUUUCAUCAUUUAAUCCAUUAUGGAACUCGUUCUAGCGCCCUCAUCUUGUCAAUGAUUUGCAGCACUGUCUUGAACUCAUAUAAUUUCCUACACGGGUCACUUAGGCUCCAGCUUGAAGCAUUCUUCACCUUUGUUUUAUUCAGAGUUGCAAAAUUUGGCAGCUCGGUGCGAUAUCAAGAAGUAGCACUGGAAGGUAUCAUCAAUCUCUGUAGACAACCCACAUUUCUAAUAGAGACUUACGUAAACUAUGACUGCGCUUUCAUGUGCUGCAAUGUGUUUGAGGAAAUGGGCAAGCUCCUUUGCAAACUGGCAUUUCCAAUGACUACCCCUUUGACAAGCUUGCAACUUCAAGCCUUUGAAGGCUUAAUCAUAAUCAUCCAAGCCAUCGCUGAUAAAGUAAACAAUGGAGAUAACACAGUUUCCUUCGAACCAUUUCAGGUUGAAAUUACAGAGUAUUCUCCCUUUUGGGAAGAGCCAUUAAGGAAGGACGACAACUUGGAAAACUGGGUACAUAUUUUAAGAUUGAGGAAAGCACAAAAGAAGAAACUAUUGAUUGCAGGAACCCAUUUCAAUCAAGAUGAGAAAAAAGGUCUAGAGUACCUUAAAAUUUCACACUUAAUUCCAAAUCCACCAGAUGCAAAAGCUUUUGCCUAUUUCUUUCGCUUUACUCCUGGGCUCAAUAAGACUGCAAUAGGAGAUUAUCUCGGUGACCCAGAUGAGUUUCACUUACAAGUGCUAAACGAAUUCACAAACACAUUCGAUUUUACAGGCUUUGUUCUUGACACUGCAUUGAGAACUUAUCUAGAGAGUUUCAGGCUGCCUGGAGAGUCCCAAAAAAUUCACAGGAUUCUAGAGGCUUUCUCAGAAAGAUUUUUUAAUCAGCAAUCAUCUGAGCUCUUUGAAACCAAGGAUGCAGUGUUUAUCCUUUGCUACUCUCUCAUCAUGUUAAACACAGACCAGCACAAUCCACAAGUAAAAAAAAAGAUGACAGAGGAAGAGUUCAUCAGAAAUAACAGGGCUAUAAAUAAUGGGAAGGACCUUCCUAGGGAGUAUCUAUCAGAACUUUUCCAAUCUAUUGCCACACAUGCAAUUGCCAUUUUUGCUCAGUCGGCUUCUUUGGUUGAGAUGAACCCUAGCCGUUGGGUUGAGUUGAUAAGUCGAUCCAAAUUCAUUAAUCCCUUCAUUGUAUGCGACUUUGAUCAUAGACUAGGCAGAGACAUGUUUGGAAGUAUUGCAGGUCCUACAGUUUCUGCUCUAUCUGCAAUUUUUGAGCAUGCUGACGAUGAUGAAGUCCUUAAUGAGUGCAUAGAAGGAAUGGUUGCAGUGGCUAGAAUUGCACGACAUGGGCUAGAAGACAUCCUUGAUGAGCUUGUAGCCUCACUUUGCAAAUUCACCACCCUGCUGAAUCCAUAUGCAUCUGCAGAAGAGACACUAUAUCUAUUUUCUAAUGAACUGAAGCCAAGAAUGGCAACUCUUGCCGUUUUCAACAUUGCAAAUAAAUUCGGAGAAUCAAUCAGAGGAGCUUGGAGAAAUAUAGUUGAUUGUAUGUUGAAACUCAAGAGGCUUAAGCUACUCCCCCAAUCUGUGGUUGACUACGAUACCUUAGUGGCAACAGAGGGUGAGUCACAGUCAAGGAACAUCAGCGAGGAUUCUAAAUUCGGGAGUAGCAGAGGAAACAACUCCAUGGCAACCGGCCGACUUUCACAUUUUUUAUUGGAUAGUAAUGAAGAGUCACUAAAUCCUGGUGGAAGUGAGUUUGAACAAAACCUGAAAAUCAUACAACAGUGCAAAAUUGGGAAUAUAUUUAGUAAUUCAUCAAAAUUACCUGUAGACACAUUAUUGAAUCUAGGAAGAACUCUGAUCUUCGCAGCAGCAGGAAAAGGGCAGAAAUUCACUACAGCACUUGAGGAGGAAGAAACUGUCACUUUCUGCUGGGAUAUAGUAGGAGCCAUUGCUUAUGCGAACAUUGACAGAUUUUCCAGUUUCUGGCCUGCUUACUACGACUAUAUUGGUGCAGUUACUCAAUUCCCUCUUUUUUCUCCUGUGCCAUUUGCUGAAAAAGCAGCAAUGAUACUUUUUAAAUUGUGCGUCAAGCUCCUUUCUUCUUACCAAACUGACAAGUAUGCUGAAGAAGUCAUGUUCAAAUCAAUAAGUUUGAUGUGGAAACUUGACAAGGAAAUUCUUGAUACCUGCUGUGAAACCAUCAUUCAAACAGUGUGCAAAAUUUUAACUGAAUUCCCAGGUAAUGUACAAACCCCAAUCGGGUGGAAAACACUUCUGCAAUUGCUGUCAGCCAAUGGUCGACUUCCUGAAAACUAUGAUCAGGCAGUCAAGGCAAUAAUUCAGCUAUUGUCUGAUGGGAAAAACAUGACCAGAACCAAUUAUGCAUAUUGCAUUGACUGUGCUUUUGGUUUUGUUGCCCUGAGAACCAGCCUGGUGGAGAAGAACAUACAGAUGAUGGAUCUAAUGGCCAAUUCUGUCAAAUUAUUGAUUCAAUGGUACAAAGAUAACUCUGACCCUGGAAGCAGUAUCAGCAAUGGAAGCAUCACAAGCAAUUCCGAAGACAAGAUGAAAUUAUUUGUCAAGCUAGGAGAAGCCUUAAGAAAGACCAGUCUAGCACGACGUGAAGAAGUGAGAAACCACGCAGUAGCAAGUCUGAAAAAGAGCUUUGAACUAGCCAGAGAUCUAGAGCUGACAUCAACUAAUACCAUCAUCUUCUUCAAUCAUGUAAUAUUUGCUAUGGUUGAUGAUCUGCAUGAAAAAAUGUUGGAUUACUCGAGAAGAGAGAAUGCGGAGAGAGAAAUGAGGAGCAUGGAGGGUACCCUGAAAAACGCAAUGGAGUUGUUAACUGAUGUAUUUUUGCUAUACUUAAAGACAAUAUCAGAAAAUCCAGGUUUCAGGAGUUUCUGGUUAGGGCUGUUAAGAAGGAUGGACACCUGCGUGAAAGCAGAUUUGGGUGUGCAUGGCCCAUCAAGAAUGCAGCAAGUAGUCCCAGAACUAUUGAAGAAGAUAAUUGCAGUAAUGAAGGACACAGGAGUUCUAGAGCCAAGAGAAAAUGAUGAUUUUUGGGAUAUUACUUACAUCCAAAUUCAAUGGAUAGCUCCAUCACUUGAAGGGGAGAUGUUUCCAUAUAUUCCGUGAUAAUGUUUUAUGGUCAGAAGAAUACCUUUCUUAUUCAACAUAUAAUCGAAGAGGAGAUGUAUUCGUGCUUUCUUCUCAAUUUCUCUCAUAUAUUUUGGUAGCAGAAUAUAGAGAACUAGCCUCAUGCAAACCAGAAAUCUUUAGAAUUAACUUAUCC